AUGACACUGGGCAGCCAGAAUGGAACGACCAACACCUCCUACACUGAAUUUCUCCUGCUUCCAUUUCCGGGCCUCCAGGAAUCCAGAUAUCUCCUCGCCAUCCCUUUCUUCUCCUUGUUUGUUUUUAUUGUCACAGCCAACUCUGUCCUGAUCUACACUGUGAGGGCAGAAGCGAGUCUCCACUCCCCAAUGUACCUGCUCAUCGCUCUGCUCUUUGCAGUCAACAUCUGCGGGGCUUCAACCAUCCUUCCCAAAACACUGCUGAGUUCCAUGUUCCAGGCCAGCCACAUCUCCUUGACGGGCUGCCUCGUGCAAAUGUUCUUCCUCUAUUUUACGACUGUCCUAGAUUGCAACAUCCUUCUCAUGAUGGCGCUGGACAGGUACGUCGCCAUUUGCCACCCGCUGCGCUACGCGGACAUCAUGACCAACAGACUAUUGACAUUCCUCACUUUUGCUUCCUUGGUUCGGAGUCUCUCCAUCGUUGGCCCCGUGGUGAUCCUGGCUUCGCGGGUGCGGUUCUGCCGGUCCAACGUCAUCAGCCAUUUUGUCUGUGAGCACAUGGCUCUCAUGAAGCUCUCUUGCAGCGACAUCUCCGUCAACAAGAAGGUAGGGAUGGCUAUGAGAUGCAUUGACAUGGUAGUGGACCUUAGCUUCCUUCUGGCCUCCUAC